AUGGCCAACAGGAAAGUGAUUGCAGUGUUUGGAGCAACAGGUGCUCAGGGAGGCUCUGUGGCCAGGGCCAUUUUGGACAGGAAACAUUUUGCAGUGAGGGCAUUGACCAGAGAUGUAACUAAACCCAGUGCCCGGGCGCUCCAGGUUGGUGCUGAGGUGGUGAAAGGCGACUUGGAUGACAAAGCGUCUUUGGAGGCUGCCUUAAAAGGCGUCCCUGGAGCCUUCUUGGUGACCAGCUUCUGGGACCACCUGAGCACGGAGAGGGAAGUGUCUCAGGGGAAGCUGGUGGCGGACCUGGCCAAGCGCCUGGGCCUGAAGCACGUGGUGUUCAGCGGCCUGGAGAACGUGCAGAAGUUGACCGGGGGCAGAUUGACCGUGCCGCACUUUGAUGGCAAGGGAGAACUGGAGGAGUACUUCUGGUCCAUCGGUGUCCCCAUGACCAGCGUCCGCCUGGCAGCCUACUUUGAAAACUUUCUUGCCUCGUGGAAGCCCGCCAAAGCCCCUGAUGGAGACUACUACCCCUUGGCAAUACCCAUGGGGGACGUGCCGAUGCACGGGAUCUCCGUGGCUGAUGCUGGAGCCGCCAUCCUCAGCGUUUUCAAUUCUCCAGAGGAGUUUCUAGGCAAGGCCGUGGGCCUCAGUGCCGAAGCACUCAUAGUACAGCAAUAUGGUGAUGUUUUUUUUCCAAGACUUUGGGGAAAGAUGUUCGAGACACAAAGAAGGAGCAUGGUUGUAACAGACAGUGAGACACAACAAAAACCCAUUCUCUGCGCUAAAAAUCUGCAGCAAAAGAAUUCCUUAUCUUACUGCGACAUACUAGCGAUCACAAUCACGCCCGAAGCUUAUGAGAAGCUGAGCUUCCCGGCGGCGAAGGAACUGGCCGAUAUGUGUCGUUUCUACCAAAUGCAGCAGGACCAUGAUGUCGCUCUCACCCACCGACUAAACCCCAGAGUCAGAAGCUUCAACCAGUUUAUCUCCGACAACCUGGGAGCCUUCAAGGGCUUGUAG